AUGUCGUCCAUGGCCGACGACUGCUUAGAGAUCGACAAUUGUUUAAAGUCUCAUUGGUCCGCAUUGACUCUUAUGAAUUUCGAACUCCAGAAACGGAAACUGCUGGAUCCUAUGGGAACAAAAAAGCGAGGUCAAAAGCAUCGUGAAAUGCCUUGCAUCAACUCAAAUCACUAUUGUGCUGAAUCGACGUUAUUUUCAGUGGAUUUUCGUCAAUCCUCAACGAACAAAGCAUUUAUCGCAAGCAUUCCCGAUGGCGACUACGAAGUGGUUCAUCCAUUUCAAAUACGCGAUAAAAAUGAGCGAAUAGGGAUUGAUACUCGAAAUUACUUUUUAAAAGCUGCCGAACAUUAUCAACAUGUGACGAUUGUGAUACGAAGCAAUGCUGUUGGCCGUAUAAAAUUAGUUUUGGAACGAAAUAAUUUAAUAUUUCUCAAUCGAACCAGCUUCCGUAAGCUGGAUUCGAGCGGAGAGCAUGGAUUUUCGCAGCGUAUCGAGAACUGCUACUACCAGGGUACGGUGGCUGGUGACUCGUCGUCCUUCGUCGCGCUAUCGUCCUGCAACGGUUUGAGGGGUAUUAUCUGCCUUUCAAAAGUGGUCCACAAUAUGGUGUUUGGGGCGCAGUUGGAAUGUGGAUCGAAGGUCGAGAAGGCAUCCACAUAUCCUCUAUAA